AUGUCCGAGAGGGAUGUUCCCAUGCAAGGUAUCCACACAAAUAACUUCACUGAAAGUUAUCAUCGAGUUUUGAAAUACAAUUUCCUCAGUCGCCAUACCCUCCGGCGACCUGACGAUCUGCUCCAAACCUUGGUCGACAAGGCCGAGCCUGACUUCCGACAAAGUGUCCUCACCACCACCCUUGGCUUCCGUCCUCAGCGCGCCACGAAGUACCAAAACAUUGCCAAAGGUUUGUUGGAGACGUACAGCAACAGUGACCUCGCUGAUCUUGGAGUAUCAAUUCAACCUUAUAAAGAAAACAAGUGGACAAUAAGCAGCUUCACACGGCCCAUGUUGGCUACGUACACGGUCAACACAACGCCUCCUAAAGACGGCAAAGUCGGCUACGUCAACAACUGCAAUUGUACACACUUCCUCAAAAACAAGUCCUCAUGCAAACAUAUGUAUGUACUCACACGGCAGACUGGCUUCAAUAUCUUAGAGACCAACCCUGAAGUCGACGAUGGAAGUUCUCCGUUUGAAUUCCGACGAAUCGUUGAACCCUUCAACAUCGUGGUUAGGACUUUGACCAAUGUCCAUCCCGACACUCCACCUCCAUCACCUCCCAUCAAUCCUUAUCGGUCUAGCGCCGGAAUCGCUCGCACUCCUUCCACUACCGGCCUGCCAAUUGGUAGCUUUUGCUACGCUCCAAUGGUGCCGGCGCCCUUACCUUACAUUUUCAACGGCGCCGGUCAAACCACUACCCCAGCUAAUGAGCCAAACCACCAUCAGCAACCACCAUUACACGCGCCGGCGCCUAUUGCUCCACCCAACCGCGGCAUGUCUGUCACCUCGGACCAAUGGCUCCAUGACACCACUAACGCAACCACCCGAUCCGCCGAAACCUCCAGCGACUCCUAUAUAGGUCGCCUUUUUUAUGAUCCUAACCACCUUCAAUCAACACCUCCUUCCCGACAACCUGCAGUUCAUGCUGUAAACCCUCCACGUCAAACGGCCGCACCGUACCCAACCUCACCACUUGGACGUGAUAUUGCUCGCACCCAGCAACGCAGUGCAGUACGGUCAUUUGAGCUGAACUCACCACAACUCAAUCUAUCUUUCAACACUUCACAACUCACUUGUGGCAGUACAAAUGUGACUUCCUCAACAAUCGGGUCACCAAGUCACCGACGUCAUUUUUACACUUCCAACAAUGCUAACGCCGCGUCCUUUGCCCCUCCCCCUCCACCACCAACUCAAAUGCCCUACCAACUCGAUUACAAUUUGCUACAACGCGCUCUCCAAAGCACGUCCACUAACUACCCUUCCCAACCAGGGAAUCGUAGUUCUCCCGCUCCCCAACCAUCCACCAGUCGCCAACCAAUGUACCACCCACCCCAACCAUCGACCAGUCGACAACCAAUGCAUCACACGCCCGAGAUUACACCCGCACCUGUGACUACUUCACAAAUCGAUGGCCUGCUUGACAAAAUGGACAGGGGGCGACAACCUUCAGCUCCAAGGGACUUAAAUCGCCGCGAAGUCACCAAUCCAGCUACGGGUGCGUCAUCUCACCAGCAGUCGGCCAAUCGCCCACACGGCACGACAAAUCCCGCGCCAUUCGUCACUGAAGGACCUCACGACGGCCUUCCGUUGACUACUACCAGCCAAGCCGCUUUCGACACGGGACCGUCAGUCCUCUCAGUCGCCGAGGAGGACGCUUUGCGAGCUUUCGACCGACGCCUGUUCAAGCGCAAGGAAGACUUCGCGGCCAUUUGUAGUGCACUUCGUGCAAUCCACCACGAAGCCCCGUUCGCAGACGAAGGCACUAACCUUCUGGACUAUAAUGAUGCGUUUGUCGCCGCAAUGCGCGCUCACGCUGAGUAUUUUUUGUCACGUCUCAGGAUUUUUAAUAGCACAAACAGGCCGACGAAACAGAACCGCUAG